AGUCACUCACAGGAGGAGCUUGGUGACAAGGGGUCAUCGUUCUUCAUCAUUUUUCUCUUCACCGUUUGCUGAAGACGCAUAACUUUUGGCUGGAAAUCUGACACAUAUCGAUGGUUUUGCGUUUUUGUUUUGAAGACAUAAGCUCGUAAACAUCACAGUCAUCGUUAGGAAGCCAUUAUGAAAUGGGAGAAGUUAAAGCCUCCAGAGCCAGAUGAUCCUAUGUGUUGCUGUGAAUGUGAUAUCUACCAGUACGGAUGUUGCUGUGACUGUGAAGAUCUGGACGAAGCCUUUAACAGGUGGCUAAAAGACAAACCACCUAAAAGCGGAUGUCAGUCUGCAGUGUUUGGGGCCAUGAUGGAGAACCUGGAGAUCUCCCUGAUCCCGGCCCUGCUGCUGCUGCCUCUCCUGCUGAGGGUGGCAGCGCUGCACUACCUGCUGGGCAUCACCAUCCUCACGGCUCUGCCCAGCCUGGUGCUGUGGUACUACUACGCCACGCACAGGAAGAAGAGGCGCACCCUCUUCUUCCUCACCCUCGCCCUCUACUCUCUGGCCCACAUGUAUUACCUCUUCAUCACAGAGAUUCUACCUCGAGGGGACAUCAGCCAGCUGCAGCUGUGCACCGUGACCGCUGGCAUGAUUCUCACUAUCGUGUCUCUUAUUCACACCAAGAGAGGCCCAGGAGUUGUGACUGCUUCCCUGCAUGAAGCACACAGUCGCAGUCAGGAGGCUGAAAAGGACUCUGAACACCUUAAUGGAUCCGUUCAGUCGGCAUCCUCAGAGGCAUCGCAGGAGACCGUGAUGGCGAAAUGGAGCAGGUGUCCUGUGUGUAAAAUAAUGCGACCCCCUCGGGCCGGACACUGUCGAACCUGUGGGUCAUGCGUGCAGCGUUUGGACCACCAUUGUAUCUGGAUUAACAGCUGUGUCGGACAGGCCAACCAUCGCAGUUUUCUGCUGACCCUCUGUGUAUUCCUGUUGACCUCUGUGUACGGGAUCAGUUUGGUGCUUUGCAGCCUCUGUCCUCGACAGUAUCUAAUGACGGCUCUCUUCUACUGCCCCGGAGUCUACUCUCAGUCCAGCACGGCGCUUUGCUUCACCUGCGCUUGGUACAGCAGCAUCGUCACAGGUGGACUGCUUUACCUGUUGGUGACACAAGUCCUGAACAUCAGCUUCAAUGUGACGGAGCGAGAGGCUCAGCUGGCUCUGAGGAACAAAACGGGCCAGAGCCGCCUGUGGGGACUCGUGGUCGACACGGGAGAGUUUUCACGUGGCUUCUAUCAGAACUGGGUUGAGUUCCUCACCAUGACAGAUGCCUCAGCCUCUCUUCGCUCCAGCCUCACUGACUUGGUCUAGUUUCGCUUUAUACUUUCCUGUAACAACGACUAACUUUUUAAUGCAGCAUGUGUGGAGAAUUCCAUCUUUCCUAUCAGCUGAAGAGUUUCUCAUGUUUAUUGCAUUCCAGCCUCUUAAUACAUUUUAAUUUGAAAUAGUUACAGGGCUAUAUAAAGGUGCUAGACUGUUUAACAAAGUAAGCACUGAUACAUGUUUUGGGUUUGAAUUUAUUGCUCGAAGAUCGAAGCUGGAGGCAUAAAGCUGCAGGCACUGCCAUGUUUGUUGUAAAUUGUACAAAUUUUCUACACGUGCAAAAAGUCCUUCAUGCUGUUAUGUUUUGACUGCAUGUUAGCUGAAAAAUGAAAUAAAAAUAUGAGCUAAAUAA